CUCUUUCUCUCAGGUCGGCAACUUGAAUGCCUGCUACUUUGCAAAAAGAGGUUUUCAAGUAGAGGUCUUUGAAUCUCGAGAAGAUAUCCGCCAAGCCAAAAUAGUCAAAGGAAGAAGCAUCAAUCUAGUUCUGUCUCACAGGGGUCGCCAGGCUUUGAAGCACGUGGGAAUGGAAGACACGAUUAUCUCCAAAGGAAUUCCCAUGCAUUCCAGAAUGAUCCACGCUUUGAAUGGGACACAGUCUCCCAUUCCUUAUGGCAAGAAAGGCCAGUACAUCCUGUCUAUCGACAGAGCCAACCUCAACAAAGAACUGUUGUCAGCAGCAGAGACGUAUCCCAACAUAAAUCUGAACUUUGCUCACAAACUACUCGACUGAAGCACUGAAACAGGGGCGAUGACCUUUGUCAGGGCUGAAGGUGCAAAGGAAGAGAUCCAGGCAGACUUGAUUGUGGGAUGUGAUGGAGCGUUCUCUGCCAUCCGGAAACAGUUCCUCCGUCAGAGCCGUUUCAACUACAGUCAGACCUACAUCCCUCAUGGGUACCUGGAGUUCACCAUACCCCCCAUCAAUGGAGAGUUUGCCAUGAAGCCUAAUAAUCUGCACAUAUGGCCACGCAACACGUUCAUGAUGAUUGCUCUGCCCAACUUGGACAAGACUUUCACCUGCACACUCUUCAUGCCAUUUGAGGAGUUUGAGAAAGUUACCACGGGCGACAAGGUCAUCGAGUUUUUCCAGAAAUACUUUCCCGAUGCCAUCCCACUAAUAGGAGCGGAGGCUCUUAAGAGGGAUUUUUUCCGUCUGCCAGCCCAGGCCAUGGUGUCCGUGAAGUGCUCCCCAUAUCACUUUGGUGACAAGUGUGUCCUUAUGGGCGAUGCUGCCCACGCUAUGGUGCCAUUCUACGGUCAGGGCAUGAACGCAGGCUUUGAAGACUGCCUUGUUUUCAACGAAAUCAUGGACCAGCUCAACGAAGACUUCAGUGCUGUUCUGCCUGAGUACACCAGAGUCCGAGUCCCAGACGACCAAGCUAUUGCAGACCUGGCCAUGUACAACUACGUUGAAAUGCGGGAACACGUCAAUUCCAAAUGGUUCCUGUUCCGAAAAAACGUUGACAAUUUCCUUCACAUUAUCAUGCCAAGGACAAUAAUUCCCUUAUACACCAUGGUUACAUUUACCAGGACAAGGUACCAUAAGGUGGUAAAACACUGGCACUGGCAAGACAAAGUGAUCAACCAAGGCCUGUUGUUCUGUGCUGCAGUGUCUGUCGCGGGGGGCUCCUACCUGCUAGUCAGAUACCUCCCUAGCAUGCCAAAUAUCCCCAUCGAGCAGCUGUGGUCCAGGCUGCAGGCCCUCAAGAGUCCCUUCUGAGGGGUUGUGGGUCAUACCACUCUGAGCUACAAACAGCAGAGAUCAAAUCAACUGACCUCAAAACAGAUGGGAUAAAGACAGAGUUCUGCAACCCAAUUACCAAUGAGAUUUUGAUCAUGUACUCAAUAAAGAUUUGAUUUACUGUAAUUGAAGGCCUGUGGGGAACAUUGUGUUAAUGUAGACUGAACAAAAAUAUGUAAAGUGUUGGUCCCAUGCUUUAUUGGCUAAAAUAAAAGAGCUCAGAAAUGU